UCUCUCUCUCUCUCCUCUUUCUCUCUCUUCUCUCUCUCUUACACACUCUCACACUUCACUUUUCCCCCCCCACCCCCCGCAGAUCAGAUCCUCCAUAGCGACAGAUCGUUCCCCGCAAAUCUCCGAAAUACCCCUACCGCCGCCGCCAUGGAGGAGGCUUUGGAGUUGGCGCGUGCCAAGGACACGAAGGAGCGGAUGGCCGGGGUCGAGCGCCUCCACCAACUCCUCGAAGCUUCUAGAAAGACCAUGUCCCCGCCGGAAGUGACGUCACUCGUCGACGUUUGCUUAGAUCUCUUGAAGGACAACAACUUCCGAGUGGCGCAGGGUGCGCUGCAGGCGCUCGCCUCCGCCGCGGUGCUCUCCGGCGAACACUUUAAGCUUCACUUCAAUGCGCUGGUCCCCGCGGUUGUUGAGAGAUUGGGCGAUGGCAAGCAGCCGGUUAGGGAUGCUGCGAGAAGGCUGCUUCUUACUCUGAUGGAGGUGUCUUCACCAACAAUCAUAGUUGAAAGAGCGGGAUCUUAUGCUUGGAUGCACAGAAGUUGGAGAGUCCGAGAAGAAUUCGCUCGUACUGUCACAUCGUCUAUUGGUCUGUUUGCAUCUACAGAACUACCUCUUCAACGUGCCAUUCUUCCACCUAUUUUGCAGAUGUUAAAUGAUCCAAACCAUGGUGUGAGGGAAGCCGCUACUUCAUGUAUUGAGGAGAUGUAUACUCAGGCUGGCCCUCAAUUCCUUGAAGAACUGCACAGAAAUCAUUUACCUACAGCAAUGUUAAAAGAUAUUAAUGCCAGAUUAGAAAAAAUUGAGCCGAAGGUUCACUCUUCGGAUGCUAUUGCAAGCAAUUACUCAUCUAAUGAGACUAAGCCUAUCCACAAUUCAAAGAAAAGCAGCCCCAAGGCCAAAAGCUCCACACGCGAGGUUUCUCUUUUUGGAGCAGAUGGUGAUGUCACAGAAAAACCUGUUGAACCAAUUAAAGUGUAUUCAGAGAAAGAGCUUAUUAGGGAAUUCGAGAAGAUCGCCACCAUUCUUGUGCCUGAGAAAGAUUGGUCUAUCCGUAUCGCAGCCAUGCAGAGAGUUGAAGGCCUUGUUAUUGGAGGCGCAGUUGAUUAUCCUUGCUUCCGUGGACUUCUUAAGCAACUGAUUAAUCCUUUGAGCACACAACUGUCUGAUCGGCGAUCUAGCAUCGUGAAGCAGGCAUGCCAUUUGGUAAGCUUCUUAUCGACAGAUCUAUUGGGAGACUUUGAGACAUGUGCUGAGAUGUUUAUUCCGGUCCUUUUCAAGCUUGUUGUGAUAACAGUCCUUGUGAUUGCAGAAUCUGCUGAUAACUGCAUAAAGACGAUGUUACGCAAUUGCAAAGUUCCGCGUGUACUUCCUCGAAUUGUUGACUGUGCGAAGAAGGACCGCAAUGCUAUACUACGUGCAAGGUGCUGCGAGUAUGCACUUGUAAUCCUUGAAUAUUGGGCUGAUGCUCCUGAAAUACAACGGUCGGCUGAUAUCUAUGAAGACCUUAUAAGAUGCUGUGUGGCUGAUGCAAUGAGUGAGGUACGAUCUACUGCAAGGACUUGUUAUAGAAUGUUUGCAAAAACCUGGCCUGAUCGCUCUCGACGACUGUUUUCGUCCUUUGAUCCCGUUGUUCAAAGGGUAAUUAACGAUGAAGAUGGAGGUAUGCAUAGAAGACAUGCUUCUCCUUCCAUUCGCGAUAGAAGUUCAAACAUGUCAUUCACCUCUCAGACAUCUGCACCUUCAAGUAUACCUGGUUAUGGGACUUCUGCUAUAGUUGCUAUGGAUAGAAGUGGUAGUUUACCUUCAGGGACAUCCCUUACUUCUGGACUAUUAUUCUCACAGGCAAAGUCUGUGAGCAAGGGCUCUGAACGUAGUCUGGAAAGUGUGUUACACUCGAGCAAACAGAAGGUUACUGCUAUAGAAAGUAUGCUGAGGGGUUUGGAUAUGUCAGAGAGAAACCGGUCCUCCAGUUUGGACCUAGGAGUUGACCCGCCAUCAUCUCGUGAUCCACCAUACCCCCUUGCUGUUCCAGCUUCAAAUAGUCUUGCAAAUGCUUUAAUUGAUAGAGUAUCUGGUAUUUCUAAAAGCAACAAUCGUAAUGGCGGCUUGGUGUUGUCCGAUAUCAUCACACAAAUUCAGGCUUCUAAAGAGUCGGGUAAAUUAUCGUAUCAUAAUAGUAUGGGAAGUGAACAUCUGUCAGCACAUUCUUCUUACUCAGCCAAGAGAGCUUCUGAAAAGCUACAAGAUAGAGGAUUCAUUGAGGAAAAUACUGAUUUCAGGGAAUCAAGGCGAUAUAUGAACUCCCAAGUUGAUAGGCAAUACAUAGACACACCAUAUAAAGAUAAUAAUUAUAGGGAUUCGCAGAGUAACUAUGUACCGAAUUUUCAGCGUCCUCUUCUAAGGAAGAACACAGCUGGACGAAUGUCCGCUGGAAGGAGGAGGAGCUUUGAUGAGAGCCAGCUGUCACUGGGAGAUGUAUCAAGUUAUUCGGACACUCCAGCUUCUCUUACUGAUGCUCUAGGUGAGGGUCUCAGUUCUAGUUCAGAUUGGAACGCUCGGGUGGCUGCAUUUAGUUACAUUCGUUCUCUGCUACAGCAAGGACCCAGAGGAAUUCAAGAAAUAGUGCAGAGUUUUGAGAAGGUCAUGAAGCUGUUUUUCCAGCAUUUGGACGAUCCCCAUCAUAAAGUGGCACAGGCAGCCCUUUCAACUCUUGCAGAUCUUAUUCCAGCUUGCAGAAAGCCAUUUGAAAGUUACAUGGAAAGGAUUCUACCUCAUGUUUUUUCUCGGUUAAUAGAUCCAAAGGAAUUAGUGAGGCAACCUUGCUCGACCACGUUGGAUAUUGUUGGUAAAACAUAUGGUACUGAUUCUCUUUUGCCUGCUUUGCUGCGAUCAUUGGACGAACAGCGUUCUCCCAAGGCAAAAUUAGCUGUUAUCGAGUUUUCAAUAAUUUCAUUUAACAAGCAUGCAUCAAAUUCUGAAGGUUCUGCCAAUAGUGGCAUCCUUAAGCUAUGGCUUGCAAAAUUGACACCGUUGGUCCACGACAAAAAUACAAAACUAAAAGAAGCAGCUAUAACAUGCAUAAUAUCUGUUUAUACUCAUUAUGACUCGGUGGCAGUACUGAAUUUUAUUCUUAGCUUAUCCGUUGAAGAGCAGAAUUCUUUGAGACGAGCCUUGAAGCAGUAUACUCCUCGCAUAGAAGUAGACUUGAUGAACUUUCUGCAAAGCAAGAAAGAGAGACGUGGCAAGUCCUCGUACGAUCCAUCUGACAUGGUUGGUACAUCCUCUGAAGAGGGAUAUAUUGUAUCGUCCAAGAAGACCCAGAUGUUUGGAAGGUAUUCGUCUGGUUCUCUUGAUAGUGAUGGUGGUAGGAAGUGGAGCUCCGUUCAAGAUGGGUCCUAUAACACAAGUUCUUUUGGCAAUUUGAAAUCGGAUGAUACUGAGAAUUUGCAUCAUGCAGUUGAAGCUAGUUCUGACACUGAUAUUCAUACGUCAAAUUACAAUAGUUUGAAGUAUGGAUCCGAUACAUCUGGUGAUAAUAUUAAAUCUUGGGCGACAGAUACCCGUCCUAAUGCGGAGUUUUCUUCGACACCGCGUAUGGACAUUAGUGGGCUGAAUGGAUCUGACCAUCUACAAAAGUCUGCUGACUUUGGGGUUGACACUGAGCCUUCAUCUGAAACGGCACCAAGUUAUCCUAACCUCCCUUCUUUGAAGUUGAAUUCUGUUACGGCAACUGGACCAAGUAUUCCCCAGAUUCUUCAUUUGAUUUGUAACGGGAAUGAUGAAAGUCCUGCAGCAGACAAACGUGGUGCACUUCAGCAGUUGGUUGAAGUUUCAGUAUCCAGUGAUCACUCUGUUUGGAGCAAGUACUUCAACCAGAUAUUGACGGCAGUACUUGAAGUGCUGGAUGAUGCUGAUUCAUCAAUUCGCGAGUUGGCCCUCACACUGAUUGUUGAAAUGUUGAAGAAUCAGAAGGAUUCUAUGGAGGAUUCUGUUGAGAUUGUCAUCGAAAAGCUGCUUCAUGUGACUAAGGACAGUGUUCCGAAAGUAUCGAAUGAAGCAGAGCAUUGCUUAACUAUAGUGUUGUCUCAGUAUGACCCAUUUAGAUGUCUAAGUGUUAUUGUUCCUUUGCUUGUAACUGAAGAUGAAAAAACUCUUGUGACGUGUAUAAACUGUUUGACAAAGCUUGUUGGCAGGCUCUCCCAAGAGGAACUCAUGUCUCAACUGCCCUCAUUUCUGCCCGCCCUCUUCGAUGCAUUUGGGAACCAGAGUGCAGAUGUCCGGAAGACGGUUGUUUUCUGUCUAGUGGACAUAUACAUAAUGCUGGGGAAAGCAUUUUUGCCAUAUCUGGAGGGGCUUAAUAGCACGCAACUACGUCUGGUGACAAUAUAUGCAAACAGGAUCUCACAGGCUAGGACUGGUGCUCCAAUUGAUGCUACUACCCAAUGACGACCUCGUUUCGGUAUGGAUUGUGUUACUGUUUGGUUUUCGUGGCGGCUUUUAUUUUUCAUAAUUCAUUAUUUUUUUUUUCUUCUAAGGCAUGCUUGUAUAUCUGUGUGAAAUUUCUAGGGAAUAUUUGGGUUGAUUGUGUAAUUCUUUGUAUACGGUUUUCCUUUUUUUUUUUUUUUUAUUAAUUUUAUUUUGCUCGCUUUUGAUGUGGAGAACGAAUGAGAAGAGUAUUUGGUGUGGAAAGUGGAAACAACGUUGUGAUGUACUCGUUUGUACCUAUAAUGAAAUCGAUUUUUCCCCUAUAAAAUGUUUUUGCUUUAUUUGGGAUU